UGCAAAUCGGAAGCGAUACCCUAACAGGGAACAUUGUUAUUGUGUUACGGUAGUAGUGCUGUAGACCAACUCGUACAAAUGCAUGUUUUGAAGUGUAACGAACUGCUGUGACUUAUAAUAAAUGUGUAGUAAUCUUUUUGCAUAUCAUGGCUCCAGUACAGAACCGGUAUUUGUUCCAUAUAACCAGGUAAAAUAACUUGAUGGUAAAUCUGAGGGUUUGAACUAUGAUGAUUAUACAGAUUCAUCUGACCCAGUAUCAGAAUGUGGACAUCCCAGAUACAGGCGCAGCCACAGCUGCUGCAGCAGCAGCAACAGUCACAACAACAGCCAUCAAACCUGCGUACCCUGGGGAUGACCUCGGCUAUAAGCUUAGCCGGGCCCAAACAAAUUGACUACCAUAGAACAUCAGAGUUACAAGAAGUUCUGAAACCUUACAAUGUGUUUGAAACAGAUGAAGAGCUUAACCAUCGGAUGGAAAUUCUCAGUAAGCUGAAUUCAUUGGUCAAAGAGUGGAUCUGUGAGGUUUCAAUCAAGCGUAACAUGCCACCCAACGUGGCAGAACAAGUAGGUGGGAAGAUAUAUACGUUUGGCUCAUAUCGUUUGGGUGUUCAUCAUAAAGGAGCUGAUAUUGAUGCUUUGUGUGUGGCUCCAAGGCAUAUUGACCGGUCUGACUACUUCACGUCAUUCUUUGAGCUCUUGAAGCAACAGAAGGAAGUGACUGAUCUCAGGGCAGUUGAGGAAGCAUUUGUUCCUGUUAUAAAAAUGAACUUUGAUGGUAUUGAGAUAGAUAUGCUCUUUGCCAGAUUAGCACUGAAGGAAAUUCCAGAUACAAUGGAUCUGCGGGACGAUUGCCUCCUUAAGAACCUAGAUCAGAAGUGUGUGCGGAGUCUGAAUGGCUGCCGGGUGACGGACGAAAUACUGAGGCUCGUGCCUAAUAUCGAGAAUUUCCGACUGGCUCUAAGGGCCAUCAAGCUCUGGGCCAAAAAGCAUGGAAUCUACAGUAAUGCUUUGGGCUACCUGGGUGGAGUUUCAUGGGCCAUGCUGGUGGCUCGCACUUGCCAGCUGUACCCCAAUGCAGUAGCAGCUACGCUUGUCCACAAGUUCUUCCUUGUGUUUUCGCAAUGGAAGUGGCCACAACCUAUUUUACUCAAGCAGCCUGAUAAUGUUAACUUGGGUUUUCCUGUCUGGGAUCCUCGGGUAAACAUUUCUGAUCGCUACCACCUGAUGCCCAUUAUCACACCAGCAUACCCACAGCAAAAUUCAACGUUCAAUGUGUCUAUAUCUACUCGUACCAUCAUGCAGGAAGAGUUCAAGCAAGGCCUGGCCGUUACUGAUGAAAUUAUGGUUGGCAAGGCUACAUGGGACAGACUUUUUGAACCACCCAACUUCUUUGGAAAGUACAAGCAUUUCAUAGUGCUGUUGGCAAGUUCUUCUUCGGCCGAAGAUCAGUUGGAGUGGGUUGGUUUGGUGGAAUCCAAGGUACGUCAUCUAAUUCUAAACCUCGAGAGGAACCAACACAUCACGUUGGCGCAUGUAAACCCAGAGUGCUUCUCACAGUUGGAACCAGAGCCUGACAAGUUCUGCACAAUGUGGUUCAUUGGUUUGGUUUUUGCAAAGACUGAAAACCUCAAUGUUGAUCUCACAUAUGACAUUCAGUCCUUCACUGACUCUGUCCACAGACAAGCAGUCCAAAUAAAAAUGUUGAAGGAUGGUAUGAAAAUUGAGGCAAGACAUGUUAAAAGGAAGCAGCUGCAUACAUACCUCUCACCAAGUCUCUUGAAGAAGGACAAGAAGAAUAAUGCAACUUCUAAUAAUACACCACUUCACCCCCUCAAUGGUGACAGUCCCUCUGCAGUUGAUGGUAAUCCAGGGAGCAGAAAGCGGCCAUCAGACACGCCUACUGAGAAUUCACGCAAGAAAAUCAAGACAGGAGAGGAGAACUCAAACCAGGGCGAUGAUUCACCCAGAAACUCAAUAGUGGUUCACUGUGGUGAUGACUCCAACUCUGCAGAAGAGCAAGGGUUGAACGUUGGAGAGGAGAGAUCACUGCCUCCUGUGUCUAGCUGCCCAAUUACUGCAAAGGAAGCAUCAGGUUUGCUGCAUGAAGGCUUCGUUUGUACAUGACCAUUCAACAUCAGAACUUCAGUUCAUUACUUUAAAUAGAAAGUAGUCUCCAGGAGUAAACAUAAUUUUUUAAAAUAUUUAUUUGUUGGUGAUUCUGAGAAAGGAUAAUAAAGCAGUGCUGUGGUGACAAUGUGUGAAAGUGUUUCAGUUGAAGUGAACAUUCCAUUACUCCUGAAAUUUACAAAUCAAACCUAGCCUAAGGCUGUGUCAGUACUGCUUUGACUGUAUUCUGUUUUCAUACAGAAAUGUAUCCUAAAACUUGGAUUUCUUAAUGUGUGGAAAAUUACCAUGAGAUGAUUUUGGGUUUUUGAUUACCAUGGAACUUCUGAUUAGUGAUCAGUUUGUGUGGUAAUGUGUAUUGAAUCCCAGUUCAGAGUAUUGAAAUGUACAUGGUUUUGACGCUGUCUGGAAGUUUGGAUUGACACAGUCUUUGUUUUGUAUGCGGCAGGAUGAUGAAAACAUUAGUGCUGCCUGUUUAUCUCCCUUCCUGCCUCGUUCACAAGUGAUGUUUUAUUCAUGACGAGUGGCUUGUGACUAUGUGUCAGUUGUUCAAGCGAUGCUGGUUUUCCAACAGGUGUCAUUAAGUGCAUCGUAACGUUAGAGAGGCUGAAACAUUUCCGACAUUAGUGCAAUUAUCAUUUAUUUUUUGUCCGUCAUGUUAUUAACAAAUAUUGUAUUUUUUUAAGGUCUUGGCAUUUUUCAUAGCAGCAAAGUGAAAAAUGCUGCUUGUAUUGUAUUUUUUUUCCAAAUGAGUAUGAAUGAAAAUCUACAAAAAUAUGGAAAGCUAGGGAUUAUGUUAAUUUAAAGUUAUAUACUUCAGUGUACUUCCUUCAUUUUUUUUCCAGAUGAAUGUAAAUAGAGAAGUGCUUAGUGUGAAUUUGGCAGUUUUAUAUAAAAACAAUAAUGUACACGUAGUUGUUUCAUUUUGUAACAUUUGUGUUUCUGGAUGUGAGUGUAAUGUUGUAGUUUCUCCUGUCAAACUCCGGUCCCCCAAGCUACUCCAGACAAGUUCAUGUCUGGGUUACCACAGUUCAUCUUAUUGCAACUUAUCAAUUAUUAGAUGACUACUUUAGUACAUGAACGUACAUGUUCAUCUCAGAAGAGAAUGGUUUCUUAAAUUUUGUUACUCCUUGUUAGAAACAAGUGCCCGGAAACUGAACGCUGGUUCAGGCAGUCAUAGUGUUUUAGUUUUCUUAUGUUUUUAGCUUGAGUUUUUGAGAACCAUUGUCUCAAAUUUGGAAUGUGAUUAAUUUAUCUUGAAGUGGAGACGAGAGGAACAAACCUUUUAUUCCAUUGAUUAUUAUUCAUCAUGUAGGCUUGGUGGGAUUUGGUAACUGUUAUUAGACAAUUCACAAUUUGGUGCAACUGUGGAGUAUGAAUUAGGUUUGGGUAAAAUGUUAAAAGAUUUUGGUUAUAUGAGAAAGCUGACUUUUACUCAUAUAUAUAUCUUGUUUAUCCCUCUCAAUUCCCAGAGAUUGAACUCUCAUUUCUUUUAAUCUAGAAGUGUUUCAAAGAGAGCAUAGUUGUUGCAAGUUGGAUGUAUAUAAUUUGGCAAAUGAAUAAAAUAAUUCUUGUGAGAGUAA